UAACUUCAUAACCUCACAACUUCCAAGACAACUCCCAUCAAACCCCGUCCCUACCUAGCAGAACCCAAUUGCCUCACCGCCAAAAUGGCAGAAGCUUCCAAACCCAAAUACGAAAACCUCCCGGGCAUCGACACCUCGCCCGACGUGUACGAAACACCCGACCUCGACGCCGAGACGUCCACCAUCCAAGCCUCGACCGCCGUCUCCGAGUCCUCAGGCCACCCCUCCGACGACGAUGAAGACGAAUCCGCAAUCCGACAUCAGCGCCUGCAGCCCGACGUAGCGCGGAACCGAUUCCGCCCGUCGCGCGUAGAUGCCCAGGGUGUGGAUUUCUCCGACAACAUCAGUGCGCAGCGGAGGUCGUAUAAGACGUCUACACGAAGGCGGCGGCGGGGCGAGAUGUUGGGGGAUGCGAGCGGGGAGGACGGCGAAGGAGAGGAGGAAGAGGAGUCGUUUAGUCGGCGGUUGAUGCGCUUGCGACACGAAUUGACGGAGCUGGAAGACGAGUACCGUGCCCGCGUCGAAUCGGGUGAUAAGAGCAAGAUCGAGGAGCAGGACCCGAAAGAGGUUCUGGAAAUGAUAAGUGAUAAGGUGGAUAUGAUUUAUGCGCGGCGGAGAGGCGGGGUCAGGGGUGCAGAGGCGUUGCUAAAAAGGACGAUGGAGAGGUUUGAUGGGUAUACGGCGUUUGGGCCGAGUGAGAGGAUUGGCAAGGCGAUUAGGGAGUUGCCGCCGUUGCCGGGGAGUCAGGUGCAGAAGAAUCAGUUGGACUUUGUGUUGGAGCAGGCGGCGGAUUUUGACAAGAGGUUGGAAGGGUUGGAGAAGGCGUUGGGGGUGAAUGGGAAUACGAUGCCGGAUAUCAGUGAGAAGUCGACGUUUCCGGUGUUCACGACGCUGGAGCGGUUGGAGCAGCUGAUCGUGGCGGUGGCGGAUGCGAGUGCGGGGAAUCUGGAUGUUGCGGCGGAGAAAGUCAAGAAGAUGAUCCAGGAUGCGGAGGAAUUGAAGGAGUUGAGGUUGGAGACCGAGGGUGAGGGCUCCGGGAUGAAUGGCGCACCGCUGUUCACCGCCGAGCAGGAAGCAAAGAUCAAUGCUCUCUACGGCACACUACCUACCAUCGACAAACUCGCACCUUUCGUGCCAUUGGUACUGGAGCAUCUCCGCGCGCUGCGCCUGGUACAUACGAGCGCUUUCGAGGCGGACAUGAUUCUGACAGAGCUGGAGAAUCGCCAGUCGAAGCAGGAAGAUGAGAUUAAGAAGUGGAGGACUGCGCUUGAUGUCGUCCAGAAUGACAUGAAGGUGUGCGAGGAGAGUAUGAAGCUCAAUAUGAAGACUGUUGGGGACUGGGUUAAAGUGCUGGAGGAGCGGAUCGAGAAGUUGCCUACUCCUACCCACAGGGAGUGAUGACCUCCCUAUUGAACUUAUUAGAGAGGGCAAUGGAGGGACGAGUAGAUUGUGAGCGGAAUGCUCAUGAAGUUGGUUUGUGCUGGGAUUUCAUUAUGGUCGUUGCAUACAGAUACCCUAUCUAGCAUUCAAUGUGCAAUUCAGGAGCCCUGCCUCCUCAAG